UAACCUGCACUAACAACACUGGGUUAUUUUCUCAUAAGGGGGUCUUUGACAAAGCUCUCCUCUCUGAGCCCUCCCACUUAAUUUGCUUGCAAAUCACUGAGCCCAGAGAGGUCUUCAAGUCUCCCACCCCAAACCUGAAGCCCCGCAGCGCCAUCAACGGCAAUAUCUUCCUAUUUGAGGGACGUCUCUUAUUAAUCAGAAACGCUGAAUGGAAACCAAUCAGAUAGAGAGUUCCUUUGGCUUCAGCUCCCUGCCUGUCUGAGUUAAAAGUGAUGCUGGAGAGAGAGGCACACUGAGAUGCAUGAAGAUUCAGCUGCGAAGAUACUAUAAAAAGAGGAGAGAAGGAAUGAGGCGGAAUCAACAACGGAAUUGUCAGUGGUGAGCCGGACUAAACUCAGUUCCAUUGCUAAACAAGGAGAAAGAGACAAUACAUUGAAUUUGACAUCCUGCAGAAGCCACAGAUAAUGAGGACUUAUCAUUGCCUACCAUUAUUCAUCUGGAUGUAUCUGUUCCAUACAGUUGAAACCAUCCCAUUCCAAGACAAGGCUAACAGUCAUUUACCAAGCCAAAGGAUAGUAGGUCUGACAAAAGAUGCUGAUAAAAUGUUGCGUCGCACCAAGCGUGGGUGGAUGUGGAAUCAGUUCUUCUUGUUGGAAGAGUACACUGGUACAGACACACAAUAUGUAGGCAAGCUUCACACUGACCAAGAUAAUGGAGAUGGAAAUUUAAAAUACAUAUUAACAGGAGAUGGGGCUGGCAGUCUGUUCAUUAUAGAUGAAAAUACAGGAGACAUUCAUGCUGCAAAGAAAUUAGACAGAGAAGAAAAAUCCUUGUACAUUCUUCGUGCCAAGGCAAUAGACAGAAAAACUGGGCGGCAGGUGGAGCCAGAAUCUGAAUUUAUCAUUAAAAUCCAUGAUAUCAAUGACAAUGAACCAAAAUUCACAAAAGACUUAUAUACUGCCAGUGUUCCUGAAAUGUCUGGAAUUGGCACAUCUGUUAUACAAGUGACUGCAACGGAUGCAGAUGACGCAAACUACGGAAAUAGUGCCAAAGUGGUCUAUAGCAUACUGCAAGGGCAGCCAUAUUUUUCAGUGGACCCAGAAUCAGGCGUAAUAAAAACUGCAUUACCAGAUAUGAGCAGAGAAAAUCGGGAGCAGUACCAGGUGGUUAUACAGGCCAAAGACAUGGGUGGCCAGAUGGGAGGCCUUUCUGGAACUACCACAGUGAAUAUCACCCUGACGGAUGUGAACAACAAUCCUCCUCGUUUUCCCCAGAGUACAUAUCAAUUUCAUUCUCCUGAGUCUGCCCCUCCCGGAACCCAUCUUGGAAGGAUAAAAGCCAAUGACCCUGACGUGGGAGAAAAUGCUGAGGUGGAAUAUAGCAUAGCUGAAGGAGAAGGAGCAGACAUGUUUGAUGUCAUCACUGACAAGGAUACACAGGAAGGGAUUAUAACUGUCAAACAGAAUUUAGAUUUUGAAAAAAAAAAGUUAUACACUUUAAGAGUGGAUGCAAGUAACACUCACCCUGAUCCACGAUUCUUACAACUGGGACCUUUCAAAGACACAGCCAUGGUCAAGAUAUCAGUGGAAGAUAUAGAUGAGCCUCCUGUGUUCAGUAAACGCUCAUACUUGCUAGAAGUCGAUGAAGAUGUGAAAGAGGGUAGCAUCAUUGGGCAGAUCACAGCAUAUGAUCCAGAUGCCAUGAACAAUUUAAUAAAAUAUUCUGUUGAUCGGCAUACUGAUAUGGACCGAACUUUCAGUAUCCACUCAGAAAAUGGCUCUAUUUUCACCUUGAAGCCCCUUGACCGAGAAUCAUCUCCUUGGCACAACAUUACUAUUACAGCUGCAGAAAUAAAUAACCCAAAACAAAGUAGCCACAUUCCUGUCUUCAUCAGGAUUCUAGAUAUAAAUGACCAUGCUCCGGAAUUUGCCAUGUACUAUGAAACAUUUGUUUGUGAAAAUGCAAAACCUGGGCAGUUGAUUCAGACUGUUAGUGUCAUGGACAAAGAUGACCCACCCCGAGGCCACAAGUUCUUCUUCGAACCAGUGCCAGAAUUUCCGCUCAACCCAAACUUCACCAUUGUAGACAAUAAAGAUAAUACAGCAGGAAUCAUGACUCGAAAAGAUGGGUACAACCGCAACAAAAUGAGCACUUACUUACUGCCAAUUUUGAUCUUUGAUAACGAUUAUCCGAUUCAAAGCAGCACCGGCACACUCACUAUCCGUGUGUGCUCCUGCGACAGCCACGGGAACAUGCAGUCCUGCACGGCCGAAGCCUUGAUCCUCUCCGCGGGCCUAAGCACCGGCGCUCUCGUGGCCAUUUUGCUCUGUGUCCUCAUUCUGCUCGUUUUGGUUGUGCUGUUUGCUGCAUUGAAGAGGCAACGAAAAAAGGAACCUCUGAUAAUAUCCAAGGAUGAUGUCCGAGACAACAUUGUGACCUACAAUGAUGAAGGCGGUGGGGAAGAAGACACUCAAGCUUUUGACAUUGGCACACUGAGGAACCCAGAAGCACGGGAAGACAGUAAACUGAGAAGGGAUGUAAUGCCCGAAACUAUUUUUCAGAUAAGGAGGACUGUGCCUCUGUGGGAAAAUAUUGAUGUACAAGAUUUUAUCCAUCAAAGAUUAAAAGAAAAUGACUCAGAUCCAAGUGCACCUCCUUAUGAUUCACUGGCAUCUUAUGCCUAUGAAGGGAAUGAUUCCAUAGCGGGUUCCCUCAGCUCUUUAGAAUCUCUCACAGCUGAUGGUAACCAGGAUUAUGAUUACCUCAGUGACUGGGGGCCUCGGUUUAAAAAACUGGCUGAUAUGUAUGGGGGUGAUGACAGUGAUCGAGACUAGGAUUGUCCUAUGACUUGAUCAACAUUAGUGGAAGUACUGUCUUUGUUACUAGACUGAGUGGCCUGCAUUCUCUUCCUUGGAGGAAACUUUUCAGAAAUCAAAAUUAAAACAAUACGUAGGUGUUGUCUUAGUAAGGGUUUGCUUAAUCAGUAAGUUUCCGUGAAUGAAUACGAUUGACAUAGAUUAAAAAUUAAUAAUAAUCAAUUCACCCUCUUUGCCUAACAAUCUCGGAAGGAAACAAUAUUAUAUCAAUAAUCCACACAGUACUUAAAAGGCUUUUUGUGCCUUUACUUAGGUAUAAGAACUUUAUAAAUUUUUUCUUAACUUUGAGUCACCUUGACUAUAAAAUUACAUAUUGUGCAACUACUUUGUAAAUUAAUAUGAAUAUUAUAUAUCCCUAAUGAAAUAGGAAUGACUAUUACUGCCAUAUUUAUUUAGUUGAAGAAUGUCUUUGUGUUAAUUCAUUCAUAUUUUUAUAAAUGUAUAUUUAUAUUUUUAUAUUUUUAUGAAAUAAACUAGUAUUUAUAAAACAAACUUCAUUGGAUGUAAUUCCUAUGAACAGUUAUGAUCUCACUUAUAACAGAAUGUUUUGCAUUUUUUAAUGUAAAACAUGAUUUACUCAGGGAAAAUGUAGUUAAGAAAUCACCGCAUGGGAUCUGAAACUAGAACGUACUAGCAUUUUAAAAGAGUUUGGUACAAAUUGUUCUUUUCUUGUUACAAUCACUUAAAUAUUGGAUAAAUGUCUAUUGAACUUCUGAUGUCUGACUACACAUUAAUAAAGUAUGAGACACAUUUGGACUAUCUAACAUUAUAUAUACAUAUAAAUAUAUGUAUUUGUGGAUAAUAAACUUUAAGUUUGAUGCAAGUCUUUACUGUGGGAUCAGCCAGUGGAUUGUAUCUGAGAAUAAAACGUGUGUCAGUAAUGUUA